AUGAGGCCCGGCGCCCCAGCAACCCCUGCCUCCCUCCCCAGCACCAACCCGCCGGAUCCAGAGAACCGCAUCAUGUCGCGCCUGAGCGAGCUGACUGCCCUGAUUCAGCGCGAGACGGCCAAGAUCGAGCGCUUCCUGCACGCCAAUGGCCUGCCCGCCCUGUCCUUCGACCCGCAUGCGCCGCUCGACUUCCCCGUGCCUGCCAGCAACACCGAGAUCCAGCACGCCCGCCGCGCCGUCAUCAAUGCGACGCAGCAGCUGCAUGACUUGAUGGUUGGCCCGAGCGAGAGCGUGCGCUGGCUUGCCUGGAGCUACAACGACAACCUCAGCCUCCAGGCCGUAUACAACUUCCGCAUCCCCCACGCCGUGCCGCUGGACCGCGACAUCUCCUUCGACGACCUCGCCGCCCAGGUCAACGUCGACGUCGUCAACCUCAAGCGCAUCGUGCGCCAUGCCAUCACCAACCGCGUCUUCUGCGAGCCGCGCGACGGCUUCGUCGCCCACACUGCCGCCUCCAUGGCCCUGCUUGACCCGACACUGAGCGAUUGGGUCGGCCUGUGCAGCUCCGACUUCUUCCCUGCAGCCGCGCGCACGGUCGACGCCAUGCAGAAGUGGCCUGGCUCGCAGGAGCCCACGCAGUGUGGCUUUUCCGUCGCCUGGGACAUCGACGUGCCCAUGUUCGUCGAGAUUGGUCGCAACCCUGCACGCGCAAAACGUUUCGGCCGCGCCAUGCACUCGCUCACCGGCGGCGAGGGCUACGAGGUUGACUAUCUCGUCAAUGGAUACCCCUGGGGCGCGCUUGGGACAGCGACCGUCGUCGACGUUGGCGGGUCGCAUGGUUUCGUGCCUGUCGCGCUUGCCAAGCGCUUUCCGGAUCUCCGUUUCGUCGUGCAGGAUCUUCCCAAAACGGUUGCCGACGGUCCUGCGCACAUCCCGCCCGAGCUGGCCGACCGUAUCGAGUUUCAGGCCCACGAUUUCUUCACCGAACAGCCCGUAGCUGGCGCCGAUGUUUACUUUUUCCGCUGGAUCUUCCACAAUUGGUCAGACAAAUACUGCGAGAAGAUGCUCAAGUGCCUGAUCCCUGCCCUAAAGCCGGGAGCGCGCAUCCUCGUCAACGAAAACAUUCUGCCGAAACCUGGGACCGAAAAUCCGUGGGACGAGAAGAUAAUCAGAUCCAUGGACAUGACUAUGCUGCAGCUCCUUAACGCCCGUGAGCGUGCCGAGGACGAUUAUGCCGAGCUUUUCCACAGGACCGAUCCGCGCUUCAAGUUCCUGGGCAUCAAGCGUCCCGAAGGCAGCCGCACCUGCACUAUCGAGGCCAUCUGGCUUCCCGACACGGACAAAUCUCAGUCUGCUCUUGCCAGCGAGGCAAAUGGCGCGCCCGUUGCUGCGCCAAAUGGAAGUGCGGCCCCUCUGAACGGUGCAGCUGAUGUUCACGGCGAGAAAAGGGACUAUGAUGCAUUCGCCUCGCCCGCGCCAACCGUCAAUAGCAAGCAGGAACACUCUGCAGCUGCUGCUCAAACCACCAAUUAA